AGGCGCAGCUGCUCGGCUCCUCUCGCCCUAGAGCCCCGGCCCAGCUCUCGCGGACAAGUCCCGACAUCGCGUGCCCCCCCUCCGGGACCGCCUCCUCCCCCCUCUCGGCGUCGUCGAAGGUAAACAAUAGUUGGCCGGCGGGCGUGGAGUGUGUCUCCCGCCGCCAGAUUCGGCGGGCUGCGUGGGACCGGCGGGAUCCCGGCCAGCCGGCCAUGGCGGGGCUGUACUCGCUAGGAGUGAGCGUCUUCUCCGACCAGGGCGGGAGGAAGUACAUGGAGGACGUUACUCAAAUCGUGGUGGAGCCCGAGCCGACGGCUGAAGAAAAGCCCCCGACGCGGCGGUCGCUCUCUCAGCCGUCGCCUCCGCAGCGCUCACCGUCGACUCUUGCUGGCAGCGAAGUCUCGGGGAGAGGCCCGGCGGCGGCAGCCCGAGAAGCUCGCGACCCUCCCCCGGACUCCGCGGCCUCACCAACUCCCGGUCGCUGCUGCCGCCGCCGUUCCUCAGUGGCAUUUUUCGCCGUGUGCGACGGUCACGGCGGGCGGGAGGCGGCACAGUUUGCCCGGGAGCAUUUGUGGGGUUUCAUCAAGAAGCAGAAGGGAUUCACCUCGUCCGAGCCGGCGAAGGUUUGCGCUGCCAUCCGCAAAGGCUUCCUAGCUUGUCACCUCGCCAUGUGGAAGAAACUGGCAGAAUGGCCAAAGACUAUGACAGGUCUUCCCAGCACAUCAGGGACAACUGCCAGUGUGGUCAUCAUACGGGGCAUGAAGAUGUAUGUAGCUCACGUGGGUGACUCAGGGGUGGUUCUUGGAAUUCAGGAUGACCCGAAGGAUGAUUUUGUCAGAGCUGUGGAGGUGACACAGGACCAUAAGCCAGAACUUCCCAAGGAAAGAGAACGAAUCGAAGGACUUGGUGGGAGUGUGAUGAACAAGUCUGGGGUGAAUCGUGUAGUUUGGAAACGACCUCGGCUCACUCACAAUGGACCUGUUAGAAGGAGUACAGUUAUUGACCAGAUUCCUUUUCUGGCAGUAGCAAGAGCGCUUGGUGAUUUGUGGAGCUAUGAUUUCUUCAGUGGUGAGUUUGUGGUGUCACCUGAACCAGACACAAGUGUCCACACUCUUGACCCCCAAAAGCACAAGUACAUUAUCUUGGGGAGUGAUGGACUUUGGAAUAUGAUCCCACCGCAGGAUGCCAUCUCUAUGUGCCAGGACCAAGAGGAGAAAAAAUACUUGAUGGGUGAGCAAGGACAGUCUUGUGCCAAAAUGCUUGUGAAUCGAGCACUAGGCCGCUGGAGGCAGCGUAUGCUUCGAGCAGAUAAUACUAGUGCUAUAGUGAUCUGCAUUUCUCCAGGAGUGGACAGUCAGGGAAAUUUCACCAAUGAAGAUGAGCUCUAUCUGAACCUGACGGAUAGUCCUUCCUAUAAUAGUCAAGAAACCUGCGUGAUGACUCCUUCUCCAUGUUCUACACCACCAGUCAAGUCACUGGAGGAGGACCCAUGGCCACGGCUGAACUCUAAGGACCAUAUACCUGCCCUUGUUCGUAGUAAUGCCUUCUCAGAGAAUUAUUUAGAAGUCCCAACUGAGAUAGCUCGAGGCAAUGUCCCGGCGGCAGUCAUACCCGCAAAAGAUCCAGAGCCACUUGAAGAAAAUUGCACUAAAGCCCUGACUUUAAGGAUACAUGAUUCUUUGAAUAAUAGCCUGUCAGUUGGCCUUGCGCCUACCAAUUCAACAAAUACCAUCAUGGACCAAAAAAAUUUAAAGAUGUCAACUCCAGGUCAAAUGAAAGCCCAAGAAGUUGAAAGAACCCCUCCAGCAAACUUUAAAAGGACAUUAGAGGAAUCCAACUCUGGUCCUCUUAUGAAGAAGCAUAGACGAAAUUGUUUAAGUAGAAGUAGUGGUGCUCAGCCUGCAAGCCUCCCCACCACCUCACAGCGAAAGAACGCUGUUAAACUUACCAUGCGACGCAGACUUAGGGGCCAGAAGAAAAUGGGAAAUCCUUUACUUCAUCAGCACAGAAAAACUGUUUGUGUCUGCUGAAAUGUAUCUGGAAAAUGUUUUUUUCCCAAACUUAGGAUAGAAGAGGGCUUUUUGAAGUUGGUGCAGAACUUGAACGUUUUUUAGGGGGACAAAAUAAAAAUAGUAUACAGUUUCACUUUUUGGAAUUUGGCAGUUUUAUCCUGGCCUUGUAUUGUAUUAUAAAUGUGGAUUUUGUAGAUGUUAGGGUAUAAGUUGCUGUAAAAUGUGUGUAAAUUUGUAUACCCCAAACAAACUCAGUCUCUUAUUCUGACACAGUAAAUGUAACAACAGGGCUAAAAUUUAAAAAAAAUCAAAAGAAUCUAUUAGAUUUUAGAAAUACAUUUAAACUUUUAAAAAUGCUUAUUAAGAAAUUUGUAUAAGUCACUUGUGAUGAAAACUACACAACUUUUUAAAGUAAAUUAUUAAGCAAACUGGAAGAGUGAUGUAUUUUCAUAGUGACCUGUGUUCCACUUAAUGUUUCUUAGAGACAGCUAGUGUCUUUUAAAAAUUAUUUUUUAUUUCUAAUUUCAUAAUUCAGAACUAAAUUUUUCAUAGCAGAAGUGUUGAGCCAUGCUUAAAGUAGCUCGGCAUUAGUCUUCUUGUCCUAAUAAAAAAUACUAUGCAGUAUCUCUUAUUUCAUUAGCAUUUUUGUAAAACAUCAAUCAUCAGAUAUACUCCUCAAAUCUUUGGAGUAGAAGGAGGUGUGUUUGCCUAAAAAGGUGCCCUUCUCAAUCAUCCCAGACAUUCAGUGGCAUUAUUGGGUCUUAAAGUAGUUACCCUCUUCUCGUGUUUGCAUAAAAUAUGUGAAGUUUUUCUUGCUAUUUCAAUAACGGAUGGUGCUGCUAAUUCCCAACAUUUGUUAAAUUAUUUUAUAUAUCAGACAGUUUUCAUUGAUUAUAUGGAUAUAUGUUUGUUCAUCUAAUAAAUCAGUGAACUGUUGUUGAUGUGCUGGAAUUUUGUCGUUGGUUUAAUGGUAGAUAUUAAUUUUUUGUUGUGCUCUGAUCAUGCUUUAGAGGAACAUUUUAAAAAUACAAGUUUAUUUUUGCACUCUUGACUUUUUUUGAUGUUUAUUUAUUUUGUGAGAGAGAGAGAGAGAGAGAGACCAAGAGUGAGCAGGAGAGGGCCAGGGAGAAAGGGAGACACAGAAUUUGAAGCAGGCUCCAGGCUCUGAGCUGUCAGCACAGAGCCCGACGUGGUGCUUGAACUCAUGAACCGUAGGGUCAUGAUCUGAGCCGAAGUCAGACGCUUAUCUGACUGAGCCAUCCAGGUGCCCCCCUCUUUUUUACAUGUUUAUUUAGCUCUUAACUUUUGGUUUUUUUAAUGUUUAUUUAUUUUGAAGGAGAGACAGAGCAUGAGCAGGGGAGAGAUGGAGAUAGAGUGUGAAGCUGGGCUCCAGGCUCUGAGCUGUCAGCACAGAGCCGGACGCAGGGCUCUAACUCACAAGCCGUGAGAUCAUGACCUGAGCCCAAGUCAGAUGCUUAACCAACUGAGCCACCCAGGCACCCCUUAGCUCUUGACUUUUUAAUUUUAUUUUAGAAUACAUUGAAACAGGCUAAAUAUCCAACAAUAGACUAUGGUUAAGAAUAUGGUUAAGUCAGUUAUGGCUUGUAACCAUUUGAUGAAAUAUUAUGUCCCACUUAAAAGUGAGUAGAAGUAUACUAUACCUAAGAGUAUGUCAUUUUGGUAUGAAUUGUUCUCCAAUAAGAAAACUUUUUAAUUUAUUAAUUUAGAACAAGGUAUCUCAUUAAGAGAUUGAAGAGCUAAUUCAUGCAUUCAACAUCCACAAUAUGCUAGGAACUGCACAACCGGAAGCAUACCAGUUUUCAAUAACAGGAUUGAGAACCAGUGGUCCAGGUAAAACAGUAAUUGUGGUUCUUAAGAAGGAUUUUUAGUUACUGAAGAGUUUGCUUUUCCAAUCUUUCCAAGACAGAGACCUAGCAACUAAUAGACACUUUAGAAGUCAAUUUAUUGUGAAGGGUUAUUCCAUCUUUUAUUUAUUUUUUGGGGGGGGGGCGUUCCAUCUUUUAGACCUGUGAUACCAUCUUAGCUGCACCAACUAGAAAUUGAACCAAUCUGAAUGUAUAUUAAAGAAAAUUCCUUUAACUGCUUUUACUUUUUUUGCCAGUGAUUGUAAAUGUAUCUACAUGAAAUUAAAAUUUUCACUUGAUUAGA